AGUCGAUUUCGCGCCUUUGCCAUGACUAUAACCUGGCCCUGUCCUCAUCCAGGGACAGUUGUUGUACAACCAAAGCCAAAGCACUAGGAGUGAAAUGCAUUUUAUUGUACUCGUCGAAGUCCAAGAUCUUUGUGAUUUACGUAAAAAUCGUCGGUAAUCGGGUGGUAGUGAAUGUAGUGACGCGUAGUGAAAUUGCCGAUUUAGGAUUAGCCAUUAUCAAUCAUGCUAAAGUAUCUCGUGCAAGUAUUUAUUUUGUCUCAUGUUGUUGCAUCAAAGAAACACCCUGAACCGUAUUACGGGACAAAAAUUGGACCCUUAGUAGAGUUCGCCCACGGGAUAAAAGGCACCGCAUAUGCCGUAGACGAAACCACAAUUUUCAUAAAGGGCUUUUCUUACGACGGCACCGGCCCAGACGCUUUUUUCUGGAUCGGAAAUUCCCCUAGGCCCAGUCCCGAGGGAACCUUUAUACCCUAUCCAGAAGAUUAUCAUGAAAGGGAACCACCAGUGCUUAAAGCUCACAAUAAUUCAGACAUAAUCCUUAGGUUGCCGAUGGGCAAACGGAUUCGAGAUAUACGAUGGCUAUCCGUAUGGUGCCGACGAUUUACCGUGGACUUCGGCGAGGUAUUCAUUCCACCAAACCUCGAAGUGCCAAAACCGCGAGUUCUACCCGAAUUCAAACGUUUAGCGCAUGGUUUGCGCUCCGACAACAUCAGUAUUCUUGAUGCCAAAACAUUCUACAUUCCAAAUUUACAUUAUGAUGGUGCUGGGCCAGAUGCUUACUUUUGGGUCGGCAAUGGGACCGAACCUACGGCCUUUGGCUAUAAGGUACCAAAUGAACUUGGUUCCUUGGAACCUUUGCGUGGCUACCUGGGGGAAGACAUAGAAAUUCAACUUCCUGGCACUUUGACAGUCUACGAUAUUGAUUGGUUAGCAGUUUGGUGCGUACAAUUUCGACAUAAUUUUGGUCACGUGAUGAUACCGAAAGAUUUGGAUGUGCCACCGGCGUUGGGUCAAACUAAGAUAUCUCCUCCAUGGUGGUACAAUCCAACAACCACCACUACCGCCCAACCCGCCCCCACCAAUUGCAGGGAAUUUUUAGAUAAACGCUUGCAAGUCAAAUGGAUCAUGAAAGGCGAUCACGUAGAGAUCACUUUAUCUGCUAGAAUUUCAGAGGACAAGUAUAUUGCUUUCGGAUUAUCGGGUGGGAACAACAAGGCACAAAUGAUCGGAGCUGACGUCACAAUAGCUUACUUUGAUAAAGAUGAAAGGUCUUUCCGAGCUGAAGAUUAUUACAUAUCGCAUGCUUCACAAUGUGACGGAAAAUCAGGCGUGUGUCCUGAUGAGCGAAUAGGGGGUCGAAACGAUGUUACCGUGCUUCAUGGCGAGAGGCAUAACGGUAUAACUACGAUUAAAUACAGCAAGCCUCUCCAUACUAACGAGGCAAUAAACGAUCGACCAAUUCCUGACAACGAACCAGUAAGUAUAAUUGCAGCUUUUGGUCCGCUAAAUUCUCGGAAGGAAGCCAACGCUCACACAUACAAAGACAGAUUGGACACCGAUGUCCAAAUUAAUUUUAGCGAUAUGAACGAUCAUCAGUGUACGUUGAGUUUGGAUAAUAUGCCGGAAGAUGGUGUUUUGGCUUGGCCCCAAUCGAAAAUAAUUGGCGAUAAUACAUUUUACGUGAAAAUCGGACCAACAGGGGGCAAUAAAGGUUACCCAAAAAUAACCGGUAUGCCGUCAUGGGGCAUUUGCUACUAUAUUAAUGACAAAUUAAUUCCUGAAUUAACUGUUGAGAGAGGACAGACGUAUACUUUUGUGGUGGAAGCAGGAGAAUCAUCAUCUAAUCCCGCCAGGUUCCACCCGAUAUACAUAACUGAUUCGAACGAAGGUGCUUACGCACAACUAUCCAAAGAUAAACAAAGAAAACAGCAAAUUUACGCAGGAGUUGGGUACGGUGCUGACGGAAAAGCUUAUCCUAUGACCACAGGAAGGUACUGCGAGUGGACGCAUAAGAGCAUAGAUAAAUCUGCAGAAUCUGACACUUUCGAGGACUUUAUGAAAACUUUGAGGCUAGAAUGCGAUGAAGGUGAACCAGCCUAUCUUAAUUGGACAGUACCAAUGGAUGCUCCCGAUCUUUUAUAUUAUCAGUGCUUCAUACACAGCAACCUAGGUUGGAAAAUCCAUAUCGUUGAUCCCGGUUACAUAUCAGAACAAAAUGGAAGAACUGCCAAUAAGGCCACCGGCAAAUCCUUACCCAUAGGCAUUUCAUUGAUUAGUUUGGCGACAAUAAUUCAGACAAUACUACAUAGGCGACAAUAAAAUAUUUUGUAAAUUUUACAAUAAUUUUUACUUACAAUAAGGAUGUUUAUUAUUAAGAAAAGCUGAUGAAAAAAGUGUUUGUUAUUCUAUAAUGCGCACAAUAUGUAAUUUAUUUGAUUAGUCCUUUUUAUGAGAGGAGGAUGAACAAAAUUUUGUUUAGGCAUAACAAAAAUUGGUACCUACAUAUUGCAUGAUUUGACAUCAAAUUUCAAUUCUGUGAUUUUUUUCUUAACAGAUAAUAUUAACGUUUCCUUGGAUAUUGAAGCAUAUUGUGCCAGUUGACACCUUGAUAUGUUUUAUUGAUUGGCCGAACUUCAACAUUACAUACCUAACGUUCCAGAUAUUUCCUUUUCAAUAAAAAUUAGAUUAUAGACAGAUUUUAUACCAGCAAAAAUAACGAUAAAUAUUGUGGUCGUGUGUGAGUUUAAAACUCCAAAAAUACGAGGUGAGAGUUGUGAAAUCGUUUUACAUGACACUGAAGUCAUUUCAUUCCUGGGAUUUUUUGUUUUCUGGCGUAGUCGCUUCUGUCUAAAUAAGGCCUUUAGAAUUGUAACCAAUUUUUAUGCCGGUACCUAAUUAUUGAUAUUGGCUUGAUAUCAUGAAGCUUUUUUAUUCGCAGUGUUGCUUAAUUUUACAGUCUUAUAAUUUGAUUCAGGCGGAUGAGGAUUACCUAAUUUUUAAAUGAUUAGAGUAAUACCGAUUGCUACAAGUUGACGUCGGAAAUAGUUACAUAACACCCUUGAUAAUAAUUGAUAUCUAGGUAACCCAAUAGCCAAACAGAUAUAUUUUUGAUGUCAAAUAGUUAAUUAUUUAUCAAUUGAAAAAUAUUCUUCGUAUAUUUCAAAAACUUGUUCUAAUUUCUUAGUAGAGGAAAUAAUUUUUUUUAUAUAUAUUUUUUUUGAUAUCGUUACAUAUCACAUCAAUAAAAUAAAAAUAAAAUAUUUCUUAAAUAAUAGAAUUAAGAUUGUGUCUUUUAACCUUUUGUAAUAAAAAUGUCAAUUUUUGUACUUAAAUUUUAUCGAUUUUUAGAUAAUGUUACAUAUUACCUACUUAAUUCGGUGGUAACAUACCUA